CCCAUCUCCUCUAUCCUCCCCUCUUUCCCUCACACUUACUCCUACUCUCAUUCGAGGACUUUUUAUUUAUUAAUUUUUUUUAUUCGGACUUUCUUUACCUGUAGUAGAUCAGAUCUUUAUUCAUUUUCUAAUCUCACAUCUCCCCUCGUUACUGUCCCCUAUUUAGGCAGAUUGUCUCACGCCCCUUCACUCUCCCACAUCCUUCUCUCCACCCCCUUCCACCCCCUUCCACUUCAUUCCCUUCACGCAUUAAUUAAAUCCAUAUUAAUAUUAGCCAUGCGAUUUCGUUGGACCUCCCCCUUGACUCAGGUCCUGGCCGUAGGAGUUAUCUGCUUCUGUUGUCCAGGAAUGUUUAACGCACUCAACUCAAUGGGUGGCGGUGGUCAGCUCCUAUCCAAUGUCGGUCAGAACGCUAAUGUUGCCCUGUAUACAUGCUUUGCCAUCUUCGGUCUCCUUUCCGGCGCAAUCCACAACAAACUGGGACCCAAGUGGACCAUAUUCAUCGGAUGUGCUUGCUAUAUGCUCUAUGUUGGCUCCCUGCUUAGCUACAAUCACACCCGGGCCGGCGCAUUCACUAUCACUUCUGGAGGCAUCCUCGGCAUUGGUGCAGGCAUGCUUUGGACUGCUCAGGGCGCCAUGAUGAUGGCUUAUCCACGUGAACAGGAGAAGGGCAAGUACAUAGGUUACUUUUGGGCCAUUUUCAACAUGGGUGCAGUCCUUGGAUCCGUCAUUGCCUUUGCCAUGAAUUACCACACAGAGACUAAAUCUCUUGGUGAUGCGGUUUAUGCAACUUUCCUGGCAAUUAUGGGAGUUGGUACCCUUACUGCAUUGUCACUGGCUCCACCCUCGUCUGUCACCCACGCCAACGGUGACAAGAUUCAGAUCCAAAAGUUCCCUACUUGGACUGGUGAAGUCAUUGAAGUCAUGAAGCUGUUCCUCAAUUGGCGUAUGGUAGUCCUCAUCCCAAUGUUCCUGUCAUCCAACUGGUUCUAUCCAUACCAAUUCUCAACAGUCAACGGCCGCUACUUUUCACUUCGCACUCAAUCCCUUAACAACAUUUUUUAUUGGUUCUCUCAAAUCGGUGGAUCUUACUCAUUUGCACGCGUCCUCGAUUUCCAAGGCGUCAAUCGCCGCACCCGGGCCUUGUGGGGGCUUUUUAUCAUUUGUUGUGGCUUCAUUGCCACUUGGGUUGGUGGCAUCUUCUUCCAGCGUACUUACUCAAUAGACGAUCCCAAGCCAAACCAUGAUUUCACCGAAGGGGCGUCCUAUGUUGGCCCACUGUUCUUGUAUAUGUUUUAUGGUCUUAAUGACGCUGCUUGGCAGACAUACAUUUACUGGUUAAUGGGUGCCAUGUCAAAUGAUGCUACUGUCUUGUCAAGAUACGCUGGGUUCUACAAGUGUAUCCAAUCCAGCGGUGCUGCUAUCUCGUGGCGCAUCAACGCCAUCAGAACACCAUACCUUACUGAGCUUAUCAUCUGCUUUGCCCUUCUUGGUCUCUCCAUCCCAGGAGCUCUCUACUUGGCGUUGCGUAUUAAGGAUCACUCUGAAGGCGAUGAUGACCUUGACAUGCAACGGACCAAGGACAAGCUCGAUACUGAGCACUUUUAA